GCCCCAGAAAAAGAUGAGCUGCACCCCCCCCCGCUCAGGGAGGGGUCCAAGCCCUCUCCUCCCUCGGUGGCCUUUCUCUACCCCGCCACCGGCCUGGGUGUUUGUCAAGGAUGCUGAGCGGCCCCCUUCACGCCGUCGCGCAUGCGUGCCUGGUGUUUAUUAAAAACUCACUGCGCCACGGUCGCUGGAAAGCCCUUCCCUCGGGAAAGGAGUAACCUGAGCGAGUGGCUCUGAGGCGAAGUUGUCUCGGUUGCUCUGCGAGCCGUUCCACGAGGUCCGGUCCGUGCACUUCUCUGUUCCUUUCUCCCUCUCCCUGGAAAAAAUCUCCCCGGGCCACUAACGCCGCUUUUUCCAGAAGGUUCUAACCGCACCACCCAAGACGAAGCGAGACGGUGGCGACGCCUGCGCACUCGCACUUACUUUCUGUCUCCGCCCUCUACUCGUCUCAGGGCCCGUUAUUCCCUUCCCCCCCCCCUCGUAUUCGCCGGCAUACGUUGGGAAGAAAGUUUCAAUUUCUCCUGCCGAAGGCCGAGACGUUCUGAGGGAGGGCGAUUAUGACGAAGCCCCUCCGCGCGGAGCUUUCCUUUAUCUCCCUCUGAACGUUCGCGACCGCGACGCGUGCCUGCCCGCUUCUCUCGUCCUUCGGUCGGUGGUCACGUGAGGGACCCUUCAGCCAAUCCGAAGGGCUAAGGACAAACCGACGUUCUGACGGGCUGAGUGCGGGCGGGGGAGUUGGGGGGGGCGGCGGCAGCAGCAGGAGCAGCAGCAGCAGCCGCCGAAGGAAAAGGGGAGAGACCGAGCUGAGGGGAAAGGGAGGAAGGAAGGAGUGUCGUCAAACCCCCGACUCUUAGCGUGGCUGCCGGAGUGGGCUGGAGGCUCCCCGUGCCGCUCGCUGGCAGAGGGAUUCGCUUCCUUGCCGAAGGGCGGCACGUCUUGUGAGGAGUCGACUCCCUUCCGCUGAGGGGAAGGUAAGGUCUGCUUUGGAUAUUUCAUAACAGCUAAAAAUAAACUGACCUCAAGUUUGGAUAGUGCUGGCAACCUGGAACUAACUACCGUGAUUUCACUUUAGAUGCAUAAUGAGCACACUGAUGCAAGAUAAAGUUAGCGAACAACUCUAAAAUGCCCAGAUUUGGGUCAGCAAAGGUAGUUCAUAUUCAAAAUUCUGACAGCGAUAGCAACAUGGUGGAGAAACCAACCGGAAGAAAGAGCAAGGACAAGAUUGCCUCCUACAGCAAAACUGCAAAAGUGGAUAGGAGUGAUGUGGGAAAGGAGAUGAAAGAAAAGUCUUCCAUGAAACGUAAACUUCAGUUUAAUGUUAGUCCAUCCAGAAAUGAAGAUCGAAAUUCAGACACAGAUUCAGAUCCAGGACAUACAAAUGAAAGCUGGGGGGAGAGAUUAAUAUCUACUUACAGAACAUAUUCAGAGAAAGAAGUUCCAGAGAAGAAGAAAAUGAAAAAAGAAACUGGAAGUAAGAAAACUGCACCUGUUAGCAUUCUUUUUGGUUACCCACUAUCAGAACGCAAACAAAUGGCCCUUCUUAUGCAGAUGACAGCCAGAGACAACAGUCCAGAUCCCAAUCUAAACCAUCCUGUACAGACAACACCAACACAAAAGAAAACACCCAGUUCUUCUUCAAGACAAAAAGACAAAGUUAAUAAACGAAAUGAACGAGGGGAAACUCCCUUGCAUACAGCAGCCAUUAGAGGUGAUGUUAAACAAGUUAAAGAGUUAAUCAGUCUAGGCGCAAAUGUGAAUGUGAAAGAUUUUGCAGGUUGGACACCACUUCACGAAGCAUGUAAUGCUGGUUAUUAUGAUGUUGCAAAGGUCUUGAUAGCAGCAGGGGCAGAUGUGAAUACUCAAGGACUAGAUGAUGAUACACCACUCCAUGAUUCUGCAAGUAGUGGACAUAGAAAGAUUGUGAAGUUGCUUCUUCGACAUGGUGGAAAUCCAUUUCAGGCCAAUAAACAUGGAGAAAGACCUGUUGAUGUUGCAGAAACAGAAGAAUUGGAAUUAUUACUGAAAAGAGAAGUUCCGAUUUCUGAUGAUGAAGAUGGUGGUUCAGAUCUUGAAGAGACACCAUCUGUAAAUCCUUCCAGUAUAGAUGGAAAUAUGGAUUCUGAGACAGAGAAAGAAUGUCUGGUUAAUGACACCAAACAUGUUUCUAAUAAGGCACCACUUUCAUCUGCUCUUGAUGAAUAUGAGUUCAAAGAUGAAGAUGAAGAUGAAGUUAAGAAAAUGAUUGAUGACAGACUAAUACCUCGGAAAGAUUUGAGAAAAGAGGAUGAAUCUGAAGUUGAACAGAGUAGCUUAUUUCUCAAGCAGGAGAAGACAUCAUUUCCAAAAUCAUUUAAGAAUAAAAAACAGAAGCCCUCUCGAGUAUUGUAUUCUACUUCUGAAAGUUCAGAUGAAGACACUGUUCAAGAGAAAAAGAUCAUCUCUCCUUCAUGUACUUUCACAGAAACAUCAAGUUCUGAUAUAAAGAUUAAAAAGGAAUAUGCUUUCAAUGAAUAUAAGCAAAAAGGAAAAGUAAAAAGAAAAGUAAAAAAUCAGAGCAAAAAUAAGGAGAACCAGCAAUUAAAAUUAGAAAAAGAUAACUCCAGAGUGACAAACCUGGGGGUAUCUAUAUUAGAGUCAUUUGACAAAAGCAGAGAAGAAGAAAAUUUUAGAAAAUCUUUUAGUCCAAAAGACGAUUCUUCUUUACCAUUACUCCAUAUUACUGCUGGCAGAUCCCCCAAGAAUCCAUGUGGGUUAAUUGAAAAGCAAUCAACGGCACUUAAACAAGAAAAUGUUAAAACAUGUUUAUCCCCAGGGGGAUCAGAAGUACCAUCACAGUCUGAAUCAGUUCGAUAUGACCAUAAUACAGAUUCAGAGUUUCUACUAGAAAAUCCCAGUGGCAAGUCCUACAAGAACAAAGACAAAAGUAAGCAUCAGAAGGAGUUUCUUUCAGAGUUUGGCGACAAAUCUAGUCCUAAACAAAAAGAGGAAGAUAAUAGCUCAUCCAUUGAAAGCUCUGAAUGUAUGAUGAAAAAAACUGACAAGGAAGGAAAAAUACUUAAAAAGCAUAAACUGAAACAUAAAGAAAAGGAAAAAGAUAAACACAAGAAAGAGCAGGAGGGAGAGAAGGAAAAGCACAAACAUAGGGAGAGUACUAAGGAGGUCCAAAGGAAUACUGAGUUUGACAGAGAAUUUUGGAAAGAGAACUUUUUUAAAAGUGAUGAGGCAGAUGAUAUGUCAGGUUUGGACUAUGAAUCUCAAAUAUCAGAAAGGAAGUCUAAGCUGGAGAAAGUUCUGAUUAAAGAUGACAAAUAUGUGAAAGAGAAAACUUUUCACAAAGAGAAAAAUCUUAGGGAGGAGAGAGAGAGGGAGAAAAAUAAAAAAGAAAGCGAUAAAGAGGAAAAAACAAAAGAUACAAAGGAAGAAAAAGAGAUUAUGUUCACUGAUAAAGAAACAGAAACAUGUUCAGGUGUUAAGGAUAUAGCAACAAGUUUAUGUUCGGUAGACCGAGAAGCAGACACUGAAAAGCAAGAAAAAAGUACAAAGGAACAUAGAGAAAAACUUGAGAAACGUUACUCUACUACUGAAAAAGUGGAAAGAAAAUAUUUGGAAAAAGAGAAAAAAAUAAAAUGUGAACAUAAAUCAGAAAAAGAGAAAUUGGAGUCAGGUGAAACUUUUGUAGAAAAGACAAAAGAAAAAGAAAAAUCAUAUAUUCAGCAAACAGAAAAAACUCACAAAGAAAGUGAAAAAUUAAAAAGUUCUACUAUUAAAAAGCUUGAUGACAGGGAAAAAAUCAAAGAGAAAGCUGACAAGAAGCAUGACAAAGAAAAAAAUGAUAGACACUUGACAGACUGUAAAGAAAAACCAAGCAAUGAAAAGAAAUCUAAAGUUUCUGAGAAAGAUGGUGAAUAUUCAAAGCAAGAAAAAGGGAAAAGCAAAGAAAAGGAAGUGGAGAAAAAAGAGAAAUCCAAAGAAAGGGACAGUUCAGUGGCAAAUAUAAAGCAUGCACCAGAAGAAAAGAAAUGUAAUGUUGAAAAAAUAUUGUCCUUAAAAGAGAAACCCAAAGAUGAAUUGCUAAAAACUCCUGAUGGAAGAGAGAAAGAUAAAAAAGAUAAAGAUAUUGAUAGAUAUAAAGAACGUGACAAACAUAAGGAAAAAAUGCAGCAAAACAGUGUGCUUAAGUUAAAGCCUGAAAUGGAAAAGUUUAAAUCUAAACCAGCACCAACACCUAAAGAUACUCGACCUAAAGAAAAGCGAUUGUUAAAUGAUGAUUUGAUGCAGACCAGCUUUGAAAGAAUGCUUAGCCUUAAAGAUCUCGAAAUUGAACAGUGGCACAGAAAACAUAAAGAAAAGAUAAAACAAAAAGAAAAAGAACGGUUAAAGAAUCGAUCCUGUUCAGAACUUAGCAAAAUAAAAGAUAAGGACAAAACAAAACAUCCACUUGACUCAAAAAACAAAGAGCUGAUUCGUUCAAAAAGUUCAGAAUUGUCGGAUACUUGCAUGAAGGAUAAGCAGCCGAAGGAUGCUACGGGUGGUCGGUCACUCUCUGUUGAUACAAAGAAUUUAAUAGCUGGGGGUAAACCAUUAGUAUUAUUGGACAAUAGUGUAAGUAGGUCCCCAAGAUCAGAAAGUGAAAAGACAGGACUAACAUCCAGAUCAGUGUCUAUGAUUUCAGUUGCUAGCUCAGAGGAUUCUUGCCAUACAACAGUGACUCCUCCAAGACCCACAACUGAAUAUGAUUCAGACUUUAUGCUUGAAGGAUCUGAUUCUCAGAUGUCUUUUUCACAUUCACCAUUUUUGCCUAGUGCCAAGUCACCUGCUUAUCAUGAGAAUGACAGCUUAUCAGAACUACCAGAGCGCUGUAAAACUUCGAUUUCAACCAGACUUCCACCAACUUAUGUUAGAUCACCAUCAGUUGAAGAUGUUAAAUUUGUUCUGAAUGACUGUAGGCCAGUUGUAGAAGUACGAAGAUGUAGUAUGCCAGCUGUUUAUGAAAACAACAAACAGUCCAGAGGGUUGGAUGAAAAUAAUCACAGUGCUUCCCUCUCAACUCAGAGUCAUAGUUGCUCUCCUAAGCAUGAAGCUCAAUGCUGUAGCUUAUCUGAAAAGGAUUCUCAGAGUAUUGUUUCAAAUAUGUUUUCCAGUUCUCCGUCAUCCCCUGCUAGACCAGUUACAAACAAAUCCAGUGCAUCGGAUACAGCUUUUAAAAAUGCUGCUCUGUUAAGUCCAUCAGGAGAAAUUCAUACACCCUUGGAGCCGAGUGGUCAGAAUAAUAUUAUACCAUCAAAUAAACCGUGGGAUAUGCCUUUGGACAGAUUUAACCUAUUAAACAGUGAAUCCUCCUGUUCAAAUUAUGCAAGCUGUGAACAAGAUGCAACAACUAUUCCAGCCAUACAAAAUCCUGAAAAUAAGAUCAGAAAAGAACAAAAAACUUCUGAACUUUCCCCCCAGCAGGCUGAAAACGUAGCAAGUUCUACAUCACAGGAAUUGGCAGAAUUUUUGCCACUGCAUUCUUUUUGCUCGUCCCAGAUACAGCCAAUCACAGAUAUUGUGUGCAUGUCAAAGCAUGUAUCUUUACCAGAUAACAGCAGUCAAGACACUUUACUUGUUAAGCACCAGCAGUGUGGCAUUCAAGCUUCCAGUUCAAUGCUCGAUGUGGAUACUAGUAGUAAAAAGAAGAUGGAAAAAAAUUUCUUAUUAAACAACAAAAAGGCAGAUGUACUUAUCACGGUGUAUCCUGAAAGCUUCACUAAGGACACUUCACAAAAUUUUGAAAAGGAUUUCACUGCAAAUGAUCCUCGUUUACAUCCUAAUACAAGUUCAUCUGCAGUAAGUAAGCUUAUUUAUAAGACAUCACAAGCCGAAGAAAUAGAUAGUAGCUUGAGUGAUGUUCAGAUCCAAACUGAAAAAGCCCAUUCUGAUGACCUCUGUUCAUCCCAUAUAGCUAGUAAUAAAAGUGAUACGGAGUCACAGGACCUAAAUGCUAGAGCCCUAAAAGGAGUUACAACUGACUAUAACAGAAAACCUUUUAAUGUUGACCACACAGAAGACAAUUCAGUGGAAGAAAAUCUGCAACAGUGCCUUUCACCUUCUCUGGGAAACCAUUCACAGUUGACUGGACAUGAAGUGCAUAAAUAUAGUCCUGUUAUUAAAUCUGAAUUGGAGGAAGCAAUGGAAGACCAUAAAGCACAACAGUAUGAAAUUCCUCAAAGAAUCACAAGAAACAGAGCAAAUAUGCUUGCUAAUCAGAGUAAGCAGAACAUUACUUGUUGCCCCCAGGCAUCAGAAAGAGAUUCAGAAUCAUGUGCCUCCAUAAAAGGAAGGAUAAGGUUAACUGAGGAGGAGGAUGCCCAAGCACAUCAUCCACGUAAAAGAAAGUUGUCACGUGUUCCUCAGCCUGUGCAAGUCAAUCCAUCUUUAAUGCAAGCUAAAGAAAAAACUCAUCAGUCUUUGGCAGCAAUUGUAGAUGCUCUAAAACUGGAAGAUAUUCAGCCAUACAGUUCAGAGAGAGCAAAUCCAUACUUCGAAUACUUGCACAUAAGAAAGAAAAUAGAAGAGAAACGUAAAUUGUUAUGUAGUGUUAUUCCUCAAGCACCUCAGUAUUAUGAUGAAUAUGUGACUUUCAAUGGAUCAUACCUUUUAGAUGGCAAUCCCUUGAGCAAGAUAUGUAUUCCAACUAUCACUCCACCUCCUUCACUGUGUGAUCCACUUAAAGAACUUUUUAGACAACAAGAAGUUGUAAGGAUGAAACUUCGUUUACAACACAGUAUUGAAAGGGAAAAGCUCAUUGUUUCUAACGAGCAAGAAGUAUUGCGUGUCCAUUACCGAGCUGCAAGAACUUUAGCUAAUCAGACUUUACCAUUCAGUGCAUGCACAGUACUACUGGACGCUGAAGUAUAUAAUGUGCCUAUGGAUGCUCAGACUGAUGACAGUAAAACAUCAGUUAGAGAUCGAUUUAAUGCAAGACAGUUUAUGUCAUGGUUACAGGAUGUGGACGAUAAAUUUGACAAAUUGAAGACAUGUCUCUUGAUGAGACAGCAACAUGAAGCAGCAGCUUUAAACGCUGUUCAGAGACUGGAAUGGCAGCUUAAACUACAAGAACUUGACCCUGCAACUUAUAAAUCUAUCAGCAUUUAUGAAAUUCAGGAAUUCUAUGUUCCUCUUGUGGAUGUUAAUGAUGACUUUGAAUUGACACCUAUAUGACAGCUAGUGUCUCUUUACUGACUGUUGCAGCUUAAAGUUGUGGGAGAGGAGCAUAAUUGUUUAAAAUAUAGCACUAAUACAGAACACUGCCUUUCUCAAUGUACCAUAGAUUCCUUCAAAAAUGCUUUGCAAAAUCUCAUUCAAUAUUGUAAAUGUGCAUACCAUUUAUUACUAAAUGGUAUUUAUUUUAGAUUCCAUAUCUGAAAUGCAUCUUCCCAAUGGAUCUAUUUAAGUACAACAAUCUUUCAUUAAAGAUUUAACAGCGCUGGCAGCUGUUAUAAGAAAUCCACUGAGAAGUGCUUGCUAUUUAAAGUUCACGUUAAUGAUUUUUAUUAUUAAACUUAAACUCCUGCAAAACAACAAACCUGUGGAAGAAAUUAUAUGCUUGUGGGAAUGUGGGGAGUGAGAGUCUUUUCAUCUUAUAUAAUUAUAGGUUAAUUGUACAGUUUUCUUUUUUGAAAAGAUGUAAUAUUGUUUUCAUUUUUUAAAAUAACUUAUUUUAUACAUAUUGUGCACAUGUAAAUAUUACUGUAUUUAAUGUUCAACUCUGUAUAAAAAUAGAUAUUUUAAUU